AUGGACGAGCGGCUCCACAAGUGGCUCCUGCCGCCGCUGCUGACGCUGCUCUUCGUGCUCAUCAUGUACCAGUACGUGUCCCCGUCCUGCCCCGGCGCCGCCUGCCCGCGCCGCCCGCCCGCCACGCACCGCGGGGCCCCGGCCCGGGGCGCCCAGCAGCCGCAGGAGGAGGGGGCGGCGGCGCUGCCGCGGCUGGUGCCCAAGUUCCCGUUCGCGCGGGCCGAGCUGUGCCGCCGGGUGCAGUUCGACAUGCGGGGCCGCGACGUGAUCGUCUUCCUGCACAUCCAGAAAACGGGCGGCACCACCUUCGGGCGGCACCUGGUGCGCAACAUCCGCCUGGAGCAGCCCUGCUACUGCCGCGCCGGCCAGAAGAAAUGCACCUGCCACCGGCCUGGGGGGGACAAGGACACCUGGCUCUUCUCCCGCUUCUCCACUGGCUGGAGCUGCGGGCUGCACGCCGACUGGACCGAGCUCACCAGCUGUGUGCCCGCCGCCAUGGACAAGAAGCAGACUAGCCAAAAACUCAAAAGGAACUUCUAUUACAUCACAAUGCUGAGGGAUCCAGUGUCACGGUAUUUGAGUGAAUGGAAACAUGUCCAGAGAGGUGCAACGUGGAAAACUUCCCUCCACAUGUGUGAUGGAAGAAGUCCAACGCCAGAUGAGCUGCCUACCUGUUACCUAGGGGAUGAUUGGUCUGGAGUCAGCUUGCAGGAGUUCAUGGAUUGUGGUUACAACCUGGCUAACAACCGCCAGGUUCGCAUGCUGGCAGACCUGAGCCUGGUUGGAUGUUACAACUUGACUUUUAUGAAUGAAAGUGAGAGAAAUAUGAUCCUUCUCCAAAGCGCCAAGAACAACCUGAAAAACAUGGCCUUUUUUGGACUCACAGAGUUUCAGAGGAAAACACAGUAUCUCUUUGAGAGGACAUUCAACCUUAAGUUCAUUUCCCCAUUCACCCAGUUCAAUAUUACCCGGGCCUCUAAUGUGGAUAUUGAUGAAGGGGCCCGGAAACGCAUAGAGGUGUUGAACUUCCUGGACAUGCAGCUUUAUGAAUAUGCUAAAGACCUCUUUCUCCAACGUUUUCAGUACUCCAAGCAAGAGGAGCACCAGAAGAACCGGCAAAAACGGCGGGAGGAGCGGAGGCUACUCCGGGAGCAAAGAGUGCACCAGUGGCAGAAGGAAGAAGCUGUUACUGAAGAUUAUAACAGUCAGGUGGAGCGAUGGUGACACUUUUCAUUCUUAGACAAAUAAAAGAAAAGAGAAUUGAAAACCCUGAUAACUUCUUGAACUUGGUUACUCAGAGAUUACACAAGGAAUGUGUGUUGCCUUGGUAAAUGAGACUGAGUCUCACAGCUGCCCUUCUUUGUCUUAGUUUCCUAUCAGCUAGGAGAAGAUAUAUAUAUUUUUGUGUUUCUCGAUACAUCUUAUAUGUGUUAUUAACUGGCAGUGGAAUAGAUUCUUAUCCAAUACUAACUUCUUUCAAAGGCCUAAGCAAUGAGAGUGGCUGGAAAAGAGAGCUUUUUUUUUUUUCCCCAUUAACGGAUGUGUCAUAGAAUCUCGGAGUUGGAAGGGACCUCAGGAGGUCAUCUAGUCCAACCCCCUGCUCAAAGCAGGAUUAAUCC